UUAAUGAUAGAUUAUCAGUUUUUUCUAAAUGAAAUUAUAUAUAUAGAGAGAGAGAUAUGAUUGUAUAUCGAUCAAGUAAUCCAUCGAACAAUAGUAAAAAAGUUUUGUUUAGAAUUUGGUGUUUCAAGUUUUUUGUCAGUAGUUUCUCAACAAUAAAUUAAUUAAUGACUGCUUCUUCAUCCAGUAUUGUGAUCAAGGUUUGAGGAUGCAAACACCAACUGGUGAUGCAUCUAAUGUUGAUGGUCAGCUGCAGGGUGUGAAUUCUGAAUCAUCAACUGUCAAAGGGAUCAACUCUAGUGGAUCAAGUGGAAGCACUUCUACUCCCCUUGAAUUGAUACCUACAGCACCAUCCUCUUCUCCUAUGGUUACUGAGGUCAUAAAGCAGAGGACUGCAGAUUCAGAUCAGAUUUCCACCUCUAUGGCUAGUCAGAAGGUGCACACUCCUACCGAUGGUUCAUCAGAUGUGAAUUCUGAAUUGUUAACUCUUACUGACAAUAGGAUUUCAGUGAACUGUGAAGCUGAAAGUUCAAACUCAAAGAAGACAGAUAAGCAGGUUCAGAAAGUGACUAACGGUAUGACCUCUUCUAGAAAAAAAUUGGGCUUAAACUCACACAAUCUGAAUCUGCCUCCUAUAAUGAAGAACCUGAACUAGUUCCUCGGAAUCAUUUGAUGGCUUCUGGAAACAUUUUCAUCAAGGUCCCAGACCCUGAAGCUGCAUCUGCUGAUUCAGAUCCUACUGAUCAGGAUACAGGUGUUCCCAAUGACUCGGUGAUUAGCGAUAAUGGUCAAGUAUCAAGCACUAUGGCUACUCGUUCUCCUACUGAAGUGGCUGCUAUGUCUUCGUUUUCUGAUUCCACAGAAGUGGAAACUGCUUCGACUUCUCUUCCAGUGGGACCCGUGGUUUCUUCAGGUUUCUAUCCUUCGCUGGGAUUACAUCCCGAAUCGAUGAGAUCACCUACCAUGGAUUUUUCUGUAAUGUCAUCUAGGUUGGUUAGAGGUGCACCACCACCAAGUGAUGAUAAGGAGCAAAAGCUUUUGAAGUAUUUGAAAAAGAUCGGAUUCAAGAAACUGGAUUUAAACAGGAAAAUCUUGAGGAUGAACGAUUAUGAUCUGGAGAAAUCGAUUGAUGAUCUUUGUUGCGCUUUAGAAUGGGAACCAAUGCUUGAGAACCUGCAGGAAAUGGGGUUCGUGGAUGAGAAAACCAACAGGAGGCUUUUGGAGAAGAACGAUGGAAGCAUCACUCUUACAGUCAUGGAUCUCAUAAAUGAAAAGGCGCUUAAUCCAACUCGUACGUAGUCUUUGAAGUAAUGAAUAUCUAGAUACAUAUAUAAAGAACCUAUAGUCUAUAGAGAAGAUUUAGCUGUGCGUUUAUAGUUGCUUGUUCUGAACUUCAUGUGGUGUGAUGCGGAUCUGUGUUUAUAUGGCAAAUAAUGAUGUUUAGCUAUAUAACCAUUUGUCUUGGUUUGUUUA